AAAGUUCAAUGAGUGAAAUGGAUGACUCCGGUGAAAGGGAGCCGUUACGCCUCUCGUCUAGCCUUCAGGAAAGAGAAGAAAUGAAACUUCAGGAGUGUGUCACCAUCCACCCCCAGAAGGAAAGCCCCUUUGCUCGGGUCUCUAAAGAUGGAAAACUCUCGUCAGUGACCUUGCUGCUGACCCUGCUGUCCUCCUGUCUGACAGUGGUGUCUUUCUAUCGAGUGGUCACCCUGCAAGCAGAGCUGCAGAGCCUCCGGGCCGAGCGACGCUCCUACCACCCGGAGCAGCUGCCAACCUCUCUGCAGGCAGGAGCAGGAGCCCCCAAGGCAGCUGCGAGGGAAACUCCAGCUGUCACUGCCGGACUGCAAGCGAGCUUUUCACGACCAGCCCCGGGAAAAAACAACUCCAGUCAAAGCCGCAGGAGCAAACGUGCGGUCCAGAGUCCAGAAGAACAGGUAACUCACCACUGCCUCCUCCUCAUUGCAGACUCAGACAUGCCUUCAGAACCGAAGGGAUCAUUCACAUUUGUUCCAUGGCUUCUCAGCUUCAAGCGAGGACGAGCCCUAGAAGAAAAAGAAAACAAAAUAUUGGUCAAAGAAACUGGAUAUUUCUUUAUCUAUGGUCAGGUUUUAUACACGGAUAAUACCUUUGCGAUGGGCCACUUAAUACAGAGGAAAAAAGUUCAUGUGUUUGGGGAUGAAUUGAGUCUGGUCACUUUGUUCCGAUGUAUUCAAAAUAUGCCUGAAACACUACCCAAUAAUUCCUGUUACUCAGCUGGUAUUGCAAAGCUGGAAGAAGGAGAUGAACUUCAACUUGCCAUUCCACGAGAAAAUGCUAAAAUAUCACAGGAGGGAGAUGGCACAUUUUUUGGUGCAUUGAAACUGCUGUGACCUACUUAUAUUAUGUCUGUGGCUACUUCCCUUCCUUUCUCUGUACUUCUAAUGAGAAAACACUUAACUGGAAAUGCCAAUGUAAAAGAAAAAAAAAUCAGGCACCGUAGCUUUUUCUGUGAGAUGUUUAUUUUGGUUUGCUGAGACGAGACCAAAACAGGAAAUUUAACAGACAACCACAGCCAGAGAGUGUCAUGUGAAUUAUGAGAAAUAGUGGACAUUUAAGGAAAGCUAGAAGUACUUUUCACUAUAAUGUCUUAUUGAGCAACUCAGUCAUAACUUCUUGUCUGGGAAGAAGCACGUAGUUGAAAGGGACAAUAAUGAUUUCUUCAAAAGUAGUAUUCCACAGUUCACUAGUCUAUAGGAUAGUAAGAAUUUAAAAAUAAAUCUCAGUCUUCUUUUCCAUUUUUAUGUAAAUUCUUAUUUUCAGUUAAUAUUGUGGAAAGUUAAAAAAGCUAGCAUUUUUCAGUAGACAUAGAAGUACCUAAAAGUUUAAAAUUUAAAACAAUUGAAGCAGAAAUAAGAUACAAGUAUGAUUUAAACCUUUCUGGUUUAUUUUAUACUUGUGAAAAAAAUCUAGAAGCAGUUUAUUUCUUAUUUGUAAAAAAAAUCUAGAAGCUCUUAUUAGGCACUGAAGUAAUGAAAAGUCUAAAUUCUGAAGCAAUUGAAGCAAAAAAAUUGCAUACAAAAAAGUGUGUUUCAUACUUUUAAUUUUUAUUCCUAAUAGUUUAUGUUCCUGUUGGGAUUUUCCCAGAUACAGUUCCCAGGAGGAAAAAAGUUGCCUCCUGUGUGCACAUACACUUAUAUGCAUUUGUAUAGUUCAUUUCGAUAACUUCAGAAACUUUUCAUUGUGGGUCAAUGCCUCUUCAUACAUAUAUGAAGCAAUAAUUGAAAAAGCAACUGCAGUUUUUCAUAUACAACAUAUAAUAUGGCCAAUAAACGUUAAAGAGAUACACUUAUAAGAAUGUAAUAUUAUCCCCCUUUCCUUUUUAUUAUUUUGUUACGACUUGCUACUAUUGUAGUUUACAGAUUCCUCCUUUAAAACAAAGGGAAAAAAUGUAACCUUCUUGAAAUCUUGAUAUAGACACCAUGUGCUGAUGGUAAAGAUAGGAUUCAUAGAAGACAUCAUCUUAAUUUUCAAUUUGCAGAGAGUCAUACUGCAGAAUGCUGUGAUACUUACCUUUAAAAUAGGACUUUCCUUUUUGAUAAUAUUUGAUUAUACUUUUCAUUAUCUUUCUGAAUUUAAAUAAUAAGAGAUAGAUGGCUUCCCAAUGUAUAUUAAAAUAUUUUAAAGAUGUUCUUUAUAAAAUAAAGAGAAUGAUUUAGAUUUCAUAUCUAAAUUAAAAUUUUAGAGAAGUGAUAUGUCUAGAGUAGAAACAAGUACUAGGAGGCAUGGUCAGUAAUUUUCCUAGUUCCCUAACCCAAUAAAAGAACCCUAGUGCUUUUGCAUCAUUGUCUGAGUACGUUUGCCUAACACCAUUCAGCUUCUAUAUUUUGUAAUGUGUACCUACUUAUCAUUUAAAAAAUUAGGUGUAUAUUUGUAAAGCAUUAUAAAAUAAUAUGUAUUAGACUAUGACAAUAAACUGUCUGUAAACAUGGA